GACUGACAAGUGACAAUUCAGGUCUGUCGUUUAUUCCAACGUCAACUUAAGUGAUAUUUUGGUGUGAUAUUUAAAAAACAAGUCAAAAAUUCACUAAACUUCGUACUUUCCAUAAAAUGCUUCAGCUACAAAGGUUUCUCGCACAGUCAACAUUUUUUUUAAUGAGAUUCCUUAAGACUUGACAUAAUUAAAAUUUGAUGAUCAAAGCAAAAGGCAGUCAACGAAUUGUUAUUAUGAUGAAGGACAUAGCUUAGGUGUUUAUUAUUGCAUUUUAGUAGAAGCAGUAGCACUUUGAACAAAUCUAAAGUGCUCAAUAAUUAAAUGACAUGGUAUCCUGCGACGAAACUAAACUUGAGCUUGUGCCAGUAAAAGGAAAGGGCGGAGGAAAGGAAGAAUCAGUUGUUUUUGUCGAACAGUUUGUGAAAGAAGUGUGUGAUUUUAGUUCUCAGUAUGGAAGUAACAUUAGUAUUUCGUAUACUGCGUACAACAUCGCUGGAAAUCCAAGCAAAUUUCCGGAUUAUGGAGAUUUCCCGCAAGCUUUCGUGAUGAGAACCUAUGGGAAAUGGUGGGAUGAAGCUCGAUCAAGAUUGAUUGAUUACAUGCCACAGAACAACGAAUCACCAGUUAGCCAUGAUUACAUAGAUGUAGAAUACUAUCAAGAAGUGUAUCCCAUAAGAGUUUCGGUUUACGAAACCUACAACCCAGGAAGUGUAGUUAGGAUCUGGGCUCGAGAUGGAAGUGGGCAAUGGUUCCAAUUGUGGAAAGGACCUCCACAAGUCGUUCCCCCAAAACCCCGGAUAUUUUCACCACCUUUGCAGCUCUGUAAUUUCAAGACGAAGAUGUUGAGAUUAGAAUUUAAUCACAGUCUCUUGGAUUACUACACAGAACUAGACGCUGUUCUGCUAAUAGGUACAGCUGAAUUAAUACUUCCACACGUUGGAUUCCAAAAUCGAAGUCUGAGUAUUUUAUUACGAGAAUUGGGAGGUACAGGUUCUAAUAAACAAGAUAUCCAUAACCUGACGCCCGAUUAUUUGAAGGUCAAUCAGGACUUAAAAGCCUUGAAAAAUAAUUUGCACAAACAUUGCGUACUGUACAAAAGCAAAGUCACGGAUAAAGUUCCUAAGGGCAAACUGGCAGCUAAGCUCGGCUUGCAUUGUCAUUACGUUCCGCCAAUAGAAGAAGCUUUCAACAGUCUGCAGCAAUUUUUACAAGAAGAAUUUCCGAAAUUGAUAAGAGACAUAAAUCGUUCUUCCAUAAAUUCAAUUGCAGCAGACAGUGACUUAUCACCUUGUUCGAGUAACAUAGAUCACAAAACAUGUGGCAGCUUUUCUGUUCUUCCCGAUGAAACCUUGCUGAAAAUUUUGAACAACUUAGAUCUUCGAUCUCUUUGUCGAUGUUGCAAAGUGAACAGGCACUUUAACAACAUAGCUCGAGAUGCUUUACUCUACACUAGUCUGAACCUAAAACCGUACUGGUAUUGUAUAGACGCAACUGCAUUACACAAUUUAGUACCUAGAUGUCAGUAUUUACAACGACUGGAUCUUUCAUGGUGUGGUAAUUACGAUGCGAUUAGUAGUCAAGAUUUUGUAGAUUUUUUGCAAAACUGCGGAAAUCUUAUAAUGCACCUUCGUCUCAAUUGCUGUCGUUUUGUCAACGACUUCGUCAUACGUGAAAUUUCGCAAAUCUGUGAAAAUCUUAAAGAAUUGUGUCUUAGAAACUGCACUGAGAUCACAAACAGCGGAUUCUCGGAACUAGGGAGACUGCAAGUACUUGAAAGACUGGAACUGUAUAGAACAAAUAUUGAGACUAAUAAUCUAUGUACAAUUCUGAGGAAAAAUUCGAAUAUUCGUCAUCUUAACUUAGCAGGAAUGCAUGAUCGUUUGAACAUGGAUAAGGUAGCAAUUGAGAUUGCCAAUUCGUGUCCAAAAUUGGAGAGUAUUGACUUUUGGAAGUCGCAAACGCUUACUCCUCAAGGGGUUCGAGCUUUAACUCACUGCGUUCAUCUCCGUGAAGUCGACUUUGGAUGGUGCAGUGGAAUGGGAAUAGCCGGCGAUUCGCUAAGAGCUCUUUUGAUAUCUUGUCGAAAUCUGGAAAAAGUAUUUUUGACAGCAUUGAGAGGCCUCACUGAUCGCGAUCUCGAACCGUUACUUUUGUGCCAACGUCUUCAACAGCUGGAUGUCAUGGGAGCUCGCUCCCUUACCCACGAUAUAUUUCUGCGUUUUCUUCUCUGUUGUCCCCACCUAAAAAUGAUGGACCUCAGCUUUUGCGAUGGAAUCAGUGAUGUCAAAGUGCAGGAGUGGCGUCAACUCUAUCCUCACGUAUCCAUAAAGAAAAGUUUUCAAGCUAGUGUAAAUAGUUUUACAUAAAACAAGCAAAAGACAAUUUAGUUCUUAGAAUAAAGGAACUUAGAAAUAUAUACAAGUCUGAGCAUAAAUUAGGUUUAUAAAUCGAAAACGCACGUGAAGUGAUUAACGAUAGUGAUGUUCAAUGUGUUUAAAAAAAAAAAAAACAGAAUAUUAUUUCGAGCUUUCCUCGUUAAAUCAUGUUGAAUUCAUUCCAUAAUCUUUGCACAUCGUAUUGCAUCGUAUUGUGUAAAUAAAAAUAUCGAGCUUUUGAAUUUAAGAAGUUUAUAAUUUAUUUGAAAAAAUUCGUUUAGAAUAGAAGGUCUCUCCAGUAAAAAAUUGGCUAAAUCUUUUUUCUCACUUAAUUAACUUAAUUAACUUAUAUGCGUGCUGAAAGACUUCAAUUUCCAAUGAGGCUUGCAUGAUCCAAUAUUAGUAAGUAUUUGUACCCCCAAAAAAAUGGUAUGUGUGUUGAAAGUUGAAAAUUUGUGCGAGGCGUUUGUUUUAAAUCGUGAUCAGAAUACAUGUUGUGUGAACUCAUAGUGUCUUAAAAUGUACUUUUACCGUAAUUUUUGUUUCGCAACUCAGGACUGCGAAAUACUUAAUAUUCGACUGCCAUACUGUACAGACCUUCAUUUUCAUAAAUGGACUAAUUCCAAAAUAUUUCAUUACAUUACAUACACUAUUCUCAGAGUGAGAUUAAAAGUAAGGGAACUAGAGUUUCUACGCUUUUAUAGAUAGGGUAAUCAAUCGCCACUUAAUCUAAACAUAAGUGAAAUUUCUAGCAGAAAAUGAUAUU